GGCUGUGGCGUUGUACUCUUUGCAUAAAUUGUGCAAUUGCUAGCCUAGCCGGUGCUCUCUAGCCGGUGUGUGGAUCAGGACCUAGAUCUACCUUGCCAAGGUACCCCAAGGACAACGACCGCACCCACGAUGCGGGCGGAUUGAGGUCGACAUACCCACGAUGGCGCUUGACGCAUCCAACGGCUUCGUGGCGGCCGGCGCGGUAGCCGACCUCGCCGGCGAAGGGGCGUUGCCCAUCUUCGACGUCGAGCGCGUGCAGCUCCAGUUCCCCAUAGCUGCUGACUUCGUCGCAGCCCAGGUCGCCAACAACGUUCUUGUUUUAGCCCUCUCCAACGGCCGCAUCCUGCGCAUAGACCUCAACAGACCCGAGGACAUCGAUGACAUCGACCUCCCCAAGAAGCCAGCUGAGGUGGGCGUCAUCCGCCGCAUGUUGCUCGACCCCACGGCCUCACACUUGAUCGUAUGCACGUCGCUCGCCGAGAACUACUAUCUGCACUCGCAGACGCGCCAGCUGCGCCCCCUCGCCCGUCUCCGCGGCGUCCACAUCGAGAGCAUUGCCUGGAACCCCGCCCUGCCCACCGCCUCGACGCGCGAGAUUCUCAUUGGCACCUCGGACGGCAACAUAUACGAGGGCUACAUCGAGACGUCGACCGAGUUCUACCGUAGAGAGGACAAGUAUCUCAAGCUUCUGCAGAAGUACCCCGAUGGCCCCAUUACCGGCCUCUGGGUUGACGCCCUACCUGGCCGUGCCGACAUGCGCCGGGUCUUGGUGAGCACCCAGAGCACGCUUUUCCACCUCGUCGGCAAGGUUGGCCGCGGCCACGACGGGAGCGGAUCCAUCUACUCCAAGCUGUUCGAAUCAGAGCAGCCCGUCAUUCACGAACUGCCUCGGUCCGCGGCUGCUGCUGCGGCUGCUGCUUCGGCCCUUGUCGUCUCUCCUGACGUCCAGGGUGCCUCGAGAUUCCCAGGGGAUAUCAUGCCGGACCGCGCCUUUGCUUGGCUGUCCUCGCACGGUGUAUACCACGGGAAGCUGCUUGUCAACCCCGUUGGAUCUGAGCUCGGGGCCAAGGUCUUUUCUGAAGCCAAGCUCCUUCCGCGGUCACAACUAGCCGGCUCGGAAACGGCGGGACGGAGGAGAGCAGCGACUGAUUAUAUUGACGCAAUAGCACUAACCCAGUGGCAUGUCGUCAGCCUGGUCGGAGACCAGGUAGUUGCCGCCAACCGGCUGACGAGCUCCGUCGUCUACGACCAAGUUAUCCUGAAACAGGGUCAAAAGGCUAUUGGCCUAUGCGUUGAUAUUCAAAAGAACACGUUCUGGCUCUUCACGUCCCAAGAAAUCUUUGAAAUCGUUGUGCGGGACGAGGACAGGCAUAUUUGGAAGAUUAUGCUGCAGAUGCAACAGUUUGAUGCUGCCCUGCAGUAUGCUCACACCCCGGCAGAGAGAGACGCGGUUGCGACCGCUUCGGGUGACUAUCUAGUCGGCAAGGGGCUGUACCUCGAAGCUGCUGGCGUCUACGGUAAGAGCAGGAAGCAGUUUGAAGAAGUGGCGCUCACAUUCAUCGACAACAACCAGCCGGAUGCUCUCCGGAAGUACCUCCUGGCAAAAUUAGGCACGUAUAAAAAAUCGUCCGUCAUGCAAAGGGUCAUGAUAGCAAGCUGGCUGGUCGAAGUGUUUAUGGCCAAGCUCAACUCGCUUGACGAUACAAUUAUCACAGGGGCUGAGCUAUCCGAGACGCUGAACCCUACCCAGACAAAAGAACAGCUAGAUACGGUCCGGGCCGAGUACCAAGACUUUGUCAACAAACACAAGUCAAAUUUGGACAAGAAAACCGUCUACGACGUCAUCAGCAGCCACGGCCGAGAAGAGGAGCUUCUCUUCUACGCGAACGCCGUAAACGACUACAAUUUCGUUCUUUCCUACUGGGUUCAGCGAGAACGGUGGGCUGAGGCCUUGAGCGUCCUCAAGCGACAGACAGAUGCCGAGGUCUUUUACCGCUAUAGCAGCGUGCUUAUGACGCACGCGGCUACCGAGCUGGUAGAGGUUCUCAUGCGGCAGGCUAACCUGAAGCCUCGCAACCUUAUACCAGCACUGCUCGAGUAUGACCGGAAUUUCAAGGGCUCCCUGUCCCAAAACCAAGCCAUCCGCUACCUCCAGUACGUUGUAAACCAGCUCAGCUCUGUCGAUUCUGCGAUACACAACACCCUAGUCUCCAUCUAUGCGUCGCAUCCCUCAAAAGACGAAUCAGCACUCCUCGCGUACCUGGAAUCGCAGGGCGACGAGCCCAGGUUUGACCCAGACUUUGCCCUCCGGCUAUGCAUACAGAACCACCGGGUUCUUUCGUGUGCCCACAUAUACACCAGCAUGGGCCAAUACGUCCAGGCGGUGGACCUGGCGCUGUCGCACGACCAGGUAGACUUGGCGGCCAUCAUCGCCGACCGUCCCAUGUCCAACCCGCCGCUGCGGAAAAAACUGUGGCUAGCCGUGGCAAAGAAGGUCAUCUCGCAGUCCAAUGGCAUCAAGACGGCCAUAGAGUUCCUGAAGCGGUGCGACCUGCUCAAAAUUGAGGACCUGAUCCCUUUUUUCCCUGACUUCGUGGUGAUUGACGAUUUCAAGGAAGAGAUAUGCGCGGCGCUCGAGGACUACAGCCGAAAUAUUGACGGGCUCCGGCGCGAGAUGGACGAGUCGAGCCAGACGGCGGCCAACAUCAAGGUGGACAUUGCGGCGCUCGACCACCGGUACGCCAUUGUCGAGCCAGGGGAGAAGUGUUAUGUUUGCACCCUCCCCCUGCUCAGCAGGCAGUUUUUUGUCUUUCCUUGCCAGCACGCCUUCCAUUCCGACUGCCUCGGCCGCAAGGUUCUCGAGCAGGCCGGCCCGGCGAAGAGCAAGCGCAUCAAGGAGUGCCAGGUGCAGAUUACCAAGGGCUUGGUCAGCGGCGCGAAGCGCGACGCCAUGAUUGCGGAGCUGGAUUCUCUCGUGGCUUCGGCUUGUAUCCUGUGUAGUGAAUAUGCUAUCAGGAGGAUAAAUGAGCCGUUUGUUAAAGACGAGGAAGAUAAAAGCGAGUGGGCACUAUAGGGGUUCCCAGUAAUAUCGUUUGGAAUAAGAUGAAAUCCAAAACAGUUCCUACGCCGCACAUGUGAUGUGGGGGUGGCAAGCGGGUGAGUAGGGGUGUAUAUACGCUUAAAGUCUAU